AUGAUUAAUAUUAAUAAUAAAAAAAGAAAAUUCCUACAGUCAUCAUUAUCCCUCAUUUUAUUAUUAAAUUCUCAAUUUGUUCAAUCUGCUCAAUUUUCAUUAUCAGGUUGUUAUGCUUCUUCAGAUGUUCAAGCUUUAACUUAUAAUAAUGCAUAUACUUUUCAAUCUUCAGGAUAUUGUGAACAACAAUGUGCAAAUUCAAGAGUUGCAGCUCUAAUAAACGGGAAAUAUUGUUAUUGCGGUGAUGAAUCUCCAUCUUCAUCUAAUCAAGUUUCACUGACAAAUUGUAAUGUAGCUUGUCAAGGUUAUCCUUAUGAAAAUUGUGGUGGUAAUGGUUAUUAUAUGGUCUAUGUUAAUGCUCAAGUUCAAGACCUGGAAUCAUCAUCAGCUCAAGGUACAACAACUGGUACUACAUCAUCAUCUACUGGUACUUCUAGUGCUACCUCGUCUACUUCAACCACGAAUCCACAAUCUUCUACACCAGCAACAUCAACAAAUUCUCCUACAUCAACUUCAUCAACUACUAGUUCAUCAUCCUCAACAUCUCAAAAUAAAAUAACUAUAGUAUCAACUCUCACCACAGACCCUUCUGGUUCAGCAAUUGAAUCAAUCAUCUAUAAAACAGUCAUUGCUGAUCCUUCCCCAACUGAUAGUGCAUCUCAAUCAUCAUCAGCUUCUCCAACUUCAUCAUCAUCUACACCUUCUGGCUCAGAUUCGUCAGAUUCUUCUAAAUCAUCACACUCUAAGUCACAUUCUAAAUUAUCAGCUGGUGGAAUUGCUGGAGUUGUGAUAGGUGGUCUCGCUGGUCUCGGAUUAAUUAUUGGUGCCAUAGUAUUUUUCCUUUGGAGAAAGAGACGUAAUAGUGAUGACGAUUAUGAAGAAGAUGAUUACUCAAUGAGUCCUCAUGCUCUUGAUGAAAAAGCAGCCAUUGGAGGAUUUGAGCCUCCACCACCACCAAUGGUUGGACCAAAUCCAUUCCUUCUUUCAGCAGGAUAUAAUCAUUUCGAUACAUCACAACAACAACCACAAGCACAAGGAGAUAAUAAGCAUUAUUCUACAUCAUCAGGUACUCAAUCUGAUAGAGAAUCAUCACAAGGAUUUACAAUACUAGGUGGUGGAGCCAAUGCAAAUGGUUCCAACGGUCAUAGUAGAUCAGGUUCAAGAGUCAUUAAUCAUAGUAAUGAUCCAUCUUUCAAUUCCAUGGUUGGUCAAGAGUUUGAUUUCAGUAAUGGAAAUGGAAAUCCUGCCACUGCAUUUCAACAACCAGAAUUUGGAAGAAGAAGAUUAAGUAAUGGUUCAUUACCUGAUAUGAUUGCAAGACAACCGGGCUCUUUAAAGGUUGUUAAUAAUUAA